AUGGAUGCCAUUGACGAGUCGCAAGACUUUUUUCUCGACCCGCCACCCGAACCCGCCCCUGGCGCGCCCAUCCUUUCCGACAAUGACUCGAAAAUCAUAUCCUCUUUCUUCGACGACAUGACCGCCGACCACUACAACGUCCCUUCCUUCGGCGAGGGUCUCAAUUACAGCGACGCCUGGCUGUCUCUGCCGCCCCAGUUCAUGGGCACCGCGACCUCGCUGGGGCAGGCGUCAUUCGGCGCGCCGCUGCACUCUCCAGGCCACGAACUGCACCACCAAGACUUUUCCGACCUCAUGCCGUUAGGCUCUGCGAUGAUGCCGCCACCACCGCCGCCACCUCCACAGCACAUGAUGUCGCAUCCCCGCCCCUCGGUCGAGCAGCAGCCAUCACCCGACGUCCUGGCGGCCGCCACAUUGUUGCAAAAUGGUUCAUCCUCGCGACACCACUAUCAUAACACCGGCGGCUCCAUGUUCUCGCCGCCACAUAGGGGUAUCCCCUCGCCACUUAGCCAGCAGCUAGGCCAACAACUGCGACACCAGCCGCUUGAGGAGUUCAAGCGCGCCGAACGCACCAACGGCUUCGCAGAGAGUAGCAUGGAGGAACAGCAUUUGGGCAUGUUUACCGAUCUCGUAUUUGGUCCUUCACCCGCCGCUCCCAGCCGGCCGGCCCCGCCGCCUCCUAGGCAGAACCAUGUGCCGAUGGAAAUGCAAUGGGGAUCGGACGCGCGCUUCAGCAGCCGCCCCCACAGCUUUAUUCCAGACUCGGCGGGCGAGACGUACGAUGCACUGUCAAAAAAUCAGUUGCGGCACAUGGAGUGCCUCGAGCCCAGCCGCAGCGCAUCGAACACUCGUCCCUCGUCUCCGCUGGUCAAUGGUGAAUCAUCGGGGGCAUACAUGAAAAAAGCGCCAGAGUCAGCAAGCACCCGCUUGGAAGAUGUCCCUGAAGGCCCACCCCGUAAGAGGAGGAAGAGCCGAAGCGCGAAAGAGGAAGACGACGAUGGCUCGGAUGACGCAGAACCUCCCCUCAAGGGAGCUCGAAGGAAAAAAGGAAAAGAAGUCGCCACGGCGAGUGGGCAGGUACCGCUGCCAACAGCAGAAAACGGCACGAGCGGGCGGCGGCGCAAGUCAGCAACGGGGCCGAAGCCGCAACGAGAGAACCUGUCGGAGGCGCAGAAGCGCGAGAAUCACAUUCGCAGCGAGCAGAAGCGGCGCACGCUCAUCAAGGAAGGGUUCGACGACUUGUGCGAGCUUGUGCCAGGGCUCAAGGGUGGUGUUCUGGCAAGAGAGGAUCGGACAGCAAAGAGAGUGUCCGGAGGCACGAGGAAGGCCCGCCGUGACACAGUCCAAGCGAACGAGGCGGCAUAUAAGUAG